AUGCAUCACCCCAAGCAGAGACCCACCAGCGCCACAAGGGACCUCCAGGGAAGCCACCCAGGGAUCAGCCCCAGCCAUGGAUCUCUAGCCCUGCUGCCGGGGGGAAGGAUGCUUGGCUGGAUCGAGAAAGUGGUCCCUCAGCCCCCGGCCAGCUCUCCCAUCCGGGUGAUUGUGGAGAAAGAGGUGCAAGCGGCAGCUGCCUGCGAAGAAGCCAAGGCCCGGCUGGCCAGGCAGCUACCUGAAGCACAGCCUGGCUAUCUAACAGAAGGCCUGGGGAAGGUCAUCCCUCAGCCGGUUGGCCAAAGCACACCGGUCAAGCUGCAGGCCGUGGCCAAGAGUUUUGAGGCCAGCGUGGACAUCCCUGACGUGACUGAAGUCCAGAGCAUCAAAUAUGAGGAUGAGGACGAAAUAGAGGUGACUGACCUCGAUGCCGAAGAGGAUGAGGAGCACAGUGAACUGCAGUCCAGCUCUGACAAUAACACCCCGGACAAAAUUGGUGGCAAGAAAGUGCUGACUUGGCUGGUGGAAGGGUUUGGGAAAAUGAUGCCUCAGCCAGAGAACAUGAGAAAGACGGAGGAAGGGGUUUCAGAAGGACGAGACGCAGAGCAGGCCAUCUGCAAAGACCGCAGCCGAGGGACCCCUGGGAAGGGAACCAGUUCUCCCAGUGCCUCCGGACCCCAGCACCGGACCCCCACCGGCAGCCAGUCUAACCUGAGCCUCUCCCUCUUUCCCCGAAGUCUUGGGGGCGACGGCAUCAGCGUCUUCGAGUGGCUUGUCCAGGGACUGGAGAGAGUGAUGCCCCAACCGGUCCCUAAAGCCACCCAAGAUGGACAGAGAAUAGAAGAUGCAGAGAUGGGCUCUGGACAAGCAAGGAGCAAAGGGGCUUAAAUGCCUCUGAAACAAAAUGGACCCCGAAGAUUUUGGGAGGACAAAACCCACUGACAGAGAGGCCAGGUCGAAUGGGUAUCCCUAGACCAAUGGGAGAAAAAGAGUUUUGCACAUUUUUAUUGGUGUAUUUAUAUUCUUUUUUUGGCUCUAAGCUCAAAUAAAGCCACAGUCUGAACCUGGA